UUUCUUUGUAAAAUCUCAGUAACUAAAUCAGUCGACAUGCCGUCAUCAAUAAAAAUUAAAAAUUCUCAGAGCGAUGACUCAUCUUUAGACAGUCUCUUCAUUAUGGUAAUGUCUCAAAAACAAGCUUCGAACAAAUAUAUGUUAGAUGAAGAUGUGGUCGAUGAAAGCCCUGUUGCAUAUCGUACACCAGCAGAAAUUUUAGAUGAAUUAAAUAUUGACAAACGAACUCAUAUCGAUUUACCAACCCAAUCAAUUGGCACGGUUACUGGAAAAACUGGUGAGGGAGUAUGCGAACGUACAUUGGCUAUCAUUAAACCAAAUGCAAUGAAAUUUCGAACGGAGAUUGAAAAUCGAAUUAUUGAUGAAGGAUUUGAAAUUUUAACGAAAAGAACAGUGCAUUUAUCGCCAGAACAAGCUUCUGAAUUUUACGCUUCAUAUUAUGGUACCUUAGGCUUUCCCACAAGAAUUGUGUAUAUGAGUUCAGCGCCCAUAACGGUAUACGUCUUAGCACGUGAAAAAGCAGUUAGUCAUUGGUUAAAAGUAAUCGGUCCCGAAAAUGUGGCAGAAGCUGAAUUAUUUUGGCCAUCAAGUUUACGUGGUGUUUUUGGAAAAUGUGAUAAUGUCGAUAAUGCAGUGCAUGGUAGCGCUGACCAUAUAGCUUCGAAGUGGGAAAUUAGAUUUUUCUUUCCACAUCUUAUCCUCGAGCCUAUUUCGCAAGAUGAAGUUGCUGAAGAGUAUUUAAAUAAAAAUUUAAAUCCAAUUUUAUCUGAGGGUUUAGCGGAACUUUUAAGAGUAAAACCAAUCGAUCCAAUAAUAUGGUUUGCUGAGUGGCUACUGUGGCAUAAUCCAAAUAGACCAAAAUUGUUACCCGAAGCAAUUGCCCGAACCAAAACAUAA